AUGACAAUUAACGUGUUUCUCAUUUUCACCGUUGUACUUUCAACAAGUGCUCAAGAAUGCUAUCCAAGUGGCUGCAACGGUGAGCAAAAUACAUGGUGCAAGUAUUCAUCGACAGACCCUUCGCCAAAUUGUGGACAAGUUGAAUCAACAACUUUGACUCAAGAAGAAAAAGACGAAAUCCUGAAAGCUCAUAACGAUAGAAGAGCAUGGGUAGCAAACGGCCAAGUGGAAGGACAACCUGCUGGAAUAAUUCCACCUUUGCAGUGGGAUGAAGAGUUGGCUGAACUUGCUCGAAGAUGGGCUCUUCAGUGCGAAAUUGGGCAUGAUAAAUGUCGUUAUGUUGAUCGGUUCUCCGUUGGCCAAAAUAUGAUGUGGAGAGCAGAUGGUUCAGGGUACCAAAACCUUACUGACAUGACUGACGGGUGGUUCAGUGAACAUGUGAAUUUUGACGGUUCUGGGGUUGGAGCGUUCGUGUGGCAAGAUGAUCCGCAAAUUGGGCAUUACACUCAGCUAAUAUGGGGUGCUACUACUCAUUUAGGUUGUGGAGUUCUCAGAUACUAUAAAGACAACUGGUACAACACGUACUUCUUGUGUGAUUAUGCACCUCAUGGAAAUGUCAUUGGCUGGCCCGUUUAUGAAACUACAUAA